AUGUCUUCAUCCUUCUCCUUCGGCUUCGGCGGCGAUGACAUAGAAGACGACUCCCCUCCCGCCCCGGCCUCCGCGCCCGCCGGCCCGGAGCCCGACAACACCCCGGCGCCGCCCGCGGCGGCCGCGUCGUCGUCAUCGUCCGCCUUCCCCGUCCCCGGCAAACCCCAGCUGCCGCCCACCGGCCACGACCUGAAGCACAUGCUCGCGCAGCUCCCCUCGAAAGUCGCCUUCAGCACCCUGGACGUCGUCCUGGACGACGGCACCACCAUCGCCAUCCCCCGCCGCGAGCUGUGGGACGUGCGCGUGCAGCUCAUGGCCGAGGACGAGACCGCCGCCGGCCCCGCGGCCGAGGGCCUCGGCAGCCACGACGUCAAGACGGGCGUCUACGAGGGCGGGUUCAAGAGUUGGGAGAGCAGCGUCGACCUGGUCAAGGUGCUCGCCAGCGGCGGGUACCUUGAUGCGCUGAAGGAUCGGCCACUCCGGGUCGUAGAGCUUGGUUGCGGCACGGCGCUGCCAUCUCUGGCGAUCCUGCAGUGGGCCAUGAGGUACGCGACGGAGAGGUCGCCGCUGCUGCUUACGCUCGCCGACUACAACCCCUCGGUGCUGCAGCUGGUGACGCUGCCCAACUUCAUUCUUGCGUGGGCCCUGGAACGGAGGGACCAGAGCCCGGCCGUGCAGGAGGCGUUCGCGCUGGAGGACGAGCUGGAGCUCACGCCUGAGGUGCUGCAGCAGUUCCAAGACUUCCUUGCGUCUUCGCACAUCUCUCUCAACUUCAUUUCCGGCGGUUGGUCACAGGAGCUGAUCGACCUACUGUACGAGAGCCAGUCCAAGCUGAACCAGCAGACUCACGACAGUGACACCAUCAACAAAGACUUUGAUACCCUGCUCAUCGGGGCCGAGACAAUAUACUCCCCGUUCGCCCUGGAGGCAUUUAAUGAGAUGGUCUUUGCUAUUCUUAGCAAGGAGAAGGCGGAGCGGGGAGGCAGCGGCUGUCAGUCACAGGCGCUGGUGGGAGCCAAGAGGCUGUACUUUGGCGUCGGGGGUUCACUCGACGACUUUGUGGACAAGGCCAGAGGAAAGGGCGCGACGGUGACUCAGAUCGCGGAGGAGACGGAAGGUGUCCGGCGUGGAGUCGUGCGCUGCACGCUGAGUUCUUCCGGUUAA